GAAUGGAGGACUGCGAUGGUGGCCGUGCUCUUCUUAUUUCUCGGGAGCGUUUCGCCUCUUCCAUUUCGCGUACUGCUUGUGACGACUCUUGGCGCGACCGUGAUCGCUGGUUCUCUAAAGAGGCGGAGGACUACUAAGGAAUCACCCUCUUCACCGUCGUCACCAAGCUCUGACUUGGCUGGGAAUAACUAUGAUGUGUUCUUGAGUUUUAGAGGACCAGAUACUCGCAAGGGUUUUACAGAUUUCCUAUACAAAAGCUUGACAGAUGCUGGAAUACUCGUAUUUCGGGACGAUGAUGAGCUGCCUGUCGGAGAAGAGAUCAAGCCCCAACUGAUUGAAGCAAUCAAACAGUCGAAGGUUUUGAUUCCCAUCAUCUCCGGGGAUUAUGCUUCCAGCAAAAGCUGCCUCAUGGAGUUGGUCCAAAUAUUAGAGUGCAAGCAAACGAUGAGUCAAGAAAUAAUUCCUAUUUUCUAUGACAUUGAGCCCUUGGAUUUGAAAGACCAGAGGAAUUCUUUUGAGAAGAGCUUUCUCGAACACAGGAGGAAUGGGGUUGAUAGUGAGACCAUCAAGAAGUGGAAGUUGGCUCUCAAAAAGAUCGGAGGGUUAAAGGGAUUUGAAACAGCGAAAAUACAUAAUGGGCAUCAUUCCAAGCUCAUAGACGAGCUCAUCCCAAUUGUUCAGCAAAAGCUGAAGAAAGGUCGACUCACUGUCACAAAAUAUUUAGUUGGAGUCGACCAUCACGUGCGAGAGAUAAUGAGAAAGCUUGGUGUUGUGCAUCGCAAUGGACAAGUAAUUGAAAUAUGUGGCAGCGAUGUUCGAAUCCUUGGAAUAUAUGGUAUUGGGGGGGUCGGCAAAACUACUCUUGCAAAAGUUGUUUAUAAUCAACUCUAUGAUCGGUUUCAAUGUUAUAGUUAUUGUAAGGAAAUUCGAGAAUUAUGUCAACAUGAUAGGAUCUUGUCCUUGCAAAAUCAAUUGAUCGCAGACCUCCGAAAAGGAAAUGCAAGGUUCAGAUGUUCUGAUGAUGCUACGAUAGUUCUCGCUGAACAAUUUCGCCGCAAACGGGUGCUCAUUCUCCUUGACGAUGUGGAAGAUGUCGACCAACUUGAUGUGUUUGUUGGGGAGCUUAGUUGGUUUGGUCUAGGAAGCAGGAUUAUUGUGACUUCUAAAAAGAGGGACAUCCUUUUGAAGUUCAAAGAGGCUGAAACCUAUGAGAUUGAACCAAUGGAAGAAGAUAAAGCUCUUCAACUGUUUUCUAAGCGGGCUUUUGGAAGGGAUUCUCCUAGCAAGGGCUUUGAAAGCCUUUCUAAUGAUAUCAUAUUGGCUACUGGGCGACUUCCUCUAGCACUUGAGGUGACAGGUUCACUUUUGUUUGGAAAAUUGGAGGGUACAUGGAACGAUAUGUUGGAGAAACUGAAAGUUGCUCCUCAUGAGAAAGUUGAAGCUGUGUUGAAGAUAAGUUACGAUGCUUUAGAAGAAAAUGCAAAGCAAAUAUUCUUGGAUAUAGCAUGCUUUCUGAUUGGAAAGGAUGAGAGAAUUGCCUUUUAUAUGUGGGAAGACUGUAAACUUUAUCCAUCUAGUGGGAUUGAAGCUCUCCUUGUCAUGUCUCUGGUGAAAAUUGGAGAAAACAAUGAGCUAUCAAUGCACAACCUACUGAGAACUCUAGGCAGAAGAAUUGUGUUAAAUGAAGAUCCUCUCCCUCGUAAUCGAAGUAGGCUGUGGGUGCACAAUGACGCCCUGUCCACACUAUGGAAGAAGGAGGGUACUCCAAAUGUUCAAGCCCUUGCUCUCACCUUUGACAAAGGAUCCAAUGACUGUUUCACACCUAAUGAAUUUGGCUCCCUAUCGAACUUAAGGUUCCUUAAGUUGGAUCGAGCUAAUAUGAGAGGAAAUCUUACUAGUCAUCUUUUAGAAUUAAGGUGGCUUCAUUGGCGAGGGUGCUAUAAUAACUCUGAGCCUCUUCUUUUGCACCUAGAGAACUUGGUCAUUCUUGAUCUGUCCUGGAGCUCGGUGGCAGAUGAAUGGGAAGGUUGGACACAAAUAAUGGAGAAGGCCAAAAAAUUGAAAGUUUUGGAGCUAGCCGGUUGCAGUCAAUUAUGUAAAACGCCAUGCUUCCCAGCUGAUAGCAAAUUAGAAAGACUUAUUCUCAAACAAUGUUCUCAUUUGUCAUUUAUUGACAAAUCCAUUGGUAAUUUGAAAAAUUUGAAGUCUUUGAACAUCAAGUCCACUCAGAUUGCCCUACUGCCAGAAGAGAUGGGUUCCUUGGAUAAUUUGCAAGAGCUUUUGAUUGAUGAAACUUCCAUCCGUCACCUUCAUUUCUUAAGAGGUUCUAUGCAGCAACUUAAAACUCUCAGUGCUUCCAGCUGCAAACGUUUGGCCGAAGUAUCCGAGUCUAUUGGUUGUUUGAGGUCUCUGUCAUAUCUUGCAUUGGAUAAAACCAUUAUCCCAGGACUCCCAAAUUCUGUUAAAUUGUUGGAGGGACUUGAAGAGCUUUCUUUAAGAGACUGUCGGCGGAUAACUGCACUUCCCAAUUCCAUUGGGAUGCUUAGGUCACUACGGAAAUUGGAUCUGUCAAACACCAGAAUUCAGAUAUUGCCAGAAUCUAUAAAAAAUUUGGAUAGAUUGCAGGUCCUAAGGAUGAAGAACACUCACAUAAGUAAUUUUCCUAAAGAUAUCACAAAUCUAGGGAAGUUAGAAGUCCUAAAUUUUUCCGGCUGCCGGAGUCUGACUGGAAAAAUUCCGUGUGAUAUUUCAGGGUUAUCAUCUUUGAGAGUCUUGAAGUUAUCGUUUACCCUGAUUUUUAGCCUGCCUGAGAGCAUUUCUGAUCUUUCUCAUCUUCAGACCCUCCACUUGCUCCACUGUGACAAACUUCAGACUCUUCCAAAAUUACCAUCUAGUUUGGUGAGUUUGUGCUGGGGAACCAAUAACAUGAGUUUAGUUCAGGAACUUUCAUAUUUGAGGGAUUUGAAAGUUUUGGAGUUAGUUAAUGAUCCCAAUGAGGAGGAGAUUGAGCUGUCCCAAACGGAAAGCUUUGGCUGGAUAUCAGCUUUAUCCAACUUAGAAACCCUAAAGCUCUGCCUUCCAAAUGUUACUAGUCUACCGAAAGAUUUUAAUGCUCUUACUCAACUAAAAAUACUUGAUUUAUCCUGCACAGACCUGCUAGACCUCCCACCACUUCCCUCAAGAUUAUCAAAAUUGAUUCUUAAGAAUUGCCAGAUCCAGGGGAUGGAUUUCUCUAAUUUGGAAACUCUGUCCGAAUUGGAGCUCUGUGACUGCCCUGCAUCGGAAAUUUUUGGGCUUGGGAACCUAAGUCUCCUGCAAGUGUUGAAGAUAUCUCACUGCAACGUUAAGAACCUUAAUGGUCUCGAACAAGCAUCACAAUUGAGAAGGUUUUCUGUGUCUGAAUGCUAUUUUCUUAACAGGUUGCCAAACUUAUCAAAGUGCGCAAGUCUGGAAAUUAAGGAAAUAAACUUUUGCAGCAUCGAGGAUCAGCCCUGUGAGAAGCACUAUCAUAAUUGCUGCUUGAGGCACUGUGAUUGUUCAUACCAAUAUCAAUGUGGUGGUUUGUGCAUAUUGUGAUCUUAACAGCAACCUGCGAAGCAUGCUCUCUAUUUUCAAUUGAAAGAGAUUGGUGUCUAUUUUUCUUUAAGGUGAGCAGUGCACUUUUUCUUUAUAUCUGAUAUUGGUUGACCUUAUUAUUAUCAACAGUCCCU